AGUUGAAAGUCGUGGCACCUGACGAUUUGUGGGACUCAGUGCCAUUCGGUCAAUUUAUUUACAGCCUCAAGGCUCAGCGACAUGCGAAACAGACCGAACUUGAAAACGUACUGGAGGCCAGCACACGCCUCAAGGAUAUUCUGUCAUCUGCGCAGAAGCAAGUCGCGAAGCACUUCGACGUUCUCAAAUCGGAAUACAACCUGUAUUCAAGUUCCACCGAGCUUCUCCGGAGAUUCUUGCUAGACGUGAGAGAUCGCAUGUUGAAGGCAUCCAACGGAAAUGUCACAUCAGAGCCUCUGACGCCGUAUUUGCAAAAUUUGCUGUCAUCCGGUCUCAGCUUCUCCCAACCAACCGGUAGAAAAAGUAAAAGAGCCCGCAAAAAUGACAAGAGAACUGCCGACAGAAAACACAGAGUAUCGGUCUUUAUCAACAGGGUCAUCAACAAGCUAUUCAAGUUGGUUGGAGCGAACGCCUUAGCGGUAUACGCUGCUAUGAAGGGCGCGCAAUUCACAUCUCUAGGGACAACGAACCUGGGCGACAUGGAAUUUUUCGCGGAUUCUGCUGUGGAAGCCCUCCGUGAGUCUGAUAUCAAACUACUCCCCGGCAGCUUCCGGGUUCUUCACAUUCCAGGUGUAUUGAGCUGGCUACUAGACGUCGAUUAUGAAAGUGUUUGCCACGGGCUUCAGCUACCGGCAUUGGCAGCACACAACCCCGGUGUUGCGGCUCAUCUUGAUGAACUUGCCUCGGAACUUACGCAUCCAGGCCGAGAGGAUUCCACCGAAAUACCAAUGCGAACAAUGAACAAACGAGUCAGAAACGCAAUGAGACCUACGUUGCUGAGUCUCGGCCUGCCACUGACUAACGGCCCUGCCGGAAUCGCCACACGAGAAGUGAACAACGACAAAACUAGCCUUCAAAACGACGGGUCAACGAUGCCGCUCUACGGAGCCACUGGAACUUUCGCAGGACUUUCAUCGGGCUUCUGCCCUAAUACUCCAAGUCAAACAUCGAGCGAGAGGGAUCAGGUCCAACCAAAUAACGACGUGCCCGUUGUUGCGAGAAGAAGGGUCUCUAGCAGUGAACGUGCUUUUGAUGAGUUGUCCACGAGUGGUGUUGAUGGAUGUGGGGUGUACGUAGGAUUCGAUGUGGGACAGUUGCCAGGAAUCGGGACGAGGCAUCCCGAAGGCUCCGACUCUCAUAAUCGCAGCACACCAGGAACAGGGACAGGAGUGCUCCCCGACAUGGCAAUGUUUCAAUACAUGGAUUUGAACAUGACGUUCAAUGAUUUGGGGACUACUGAUCAUUGGAUAUCAGGCUUAGUAACAAUCUGAAGGUGGUCAUUCUGUUUUCCUAGUUAUCGUGAAGACAAUCAAAAGAAACAUGUUGCUUCCUGGACGAAUACAAAAGUCUCCUCCGGUCAUCAUCAAUAUCUCUCCUUCAGGCACAAUCG